UGUUCCGCUAAGACUUAAACACGUCGUAACAUGCCAGUACAUGGAAGGUGUAACAUGCCCUUCAGGGAAUCUUAGUUUAUCAAAGGCAUCGUAGUUUGGAUGAAUACAGAGAGCUCCCUGCAGUGAUGGCGGAAGGUGGAUCUCUACCAGUAGAACAACUGAACAAAGACAACACUGCCUUGACCUAUCAACUUCUCGAAUGUCCCAUUUGUCUGGAGCAGAUGCGAAGUCCAAAGUCUCUCCCAUGUUUACAUUCCUUUUGUGAGGAAUGUCUUAGCACCUACAUCGUCACAGACUUGUCUGGUGAGAUGGCUGCCGUGACGUCCUUCCCCUGUCCUGUAUGUAGGAAGAUCACAUCGCCUGUCAACCACUCUGAGGGUAAAGAGACGUGGGCACAACAGUUUCCGACCAACAGUUUGGUUCAGGAAUAUACAAAACGAACAAGGAUAUCAUAUGCACAACGUUAUUGUGGUCCUUGCAAAAAGACAAAAAACCUAGAAACACCGGCUACGAUGUUGUGUAAAAUGAAUGGUAUGUUGUUUUGCAAACUGUGUACAGUUAAUGUGCAUGAUGUCUUUCACGAGAUAUGUGACAGUGUGACUCUUGAUGAGGCAAAUCAUAAUGUGACAUGGAAACAACCAUGGUCAAUGGCAUGUUCAUUACACCUCGAGAAAAUAGACUAUUAUUGUGAAGAUCAUAAGUUCAUCGGAUGCCACAAAUGCAUUAUCACAGAGCAUCGACGCUGCGACGUAGUGAUGACAAUCGGAGAGUAUUGUGAAAAUCAGAAGAAAAAAUCCCAGCUUGAUAACAUGGGCAAAUCCCUCGAAAACGCAUCAAAGUGCAUAGAAUUGAUGAUAAACGCUAUCGACAAACAGAUCGAAUCCAUGCAACAAUGUCAGGAUGUUGGCUUGAGCAGUGUUGUAGAUCUGCGUCAAAGUAUCGACAAAUAUCUUGAUAAAAAGCAGGAGGAGAUGACUCAAGAAAUGAUUUCCAAAUACAAAGCUGCGAAAAAUAACGUUGAUAUAUCAAAGCAGAAAUGUAGCCGACUGAGGGUCGUUAUUCAGAGCACAAAAGAAGCGUUCAUGACAGCAGUUCGGAUGGACGAUCACCUUGAGAUGACACAACUAUUUAUUAGAGGUCAAACAGAGAUUGGAGCGUGUAAUGAUGUUAUUGAUGAUAUUACACAUUCAUUAAAGUCAGUCAAUGUGAAACACGACAUCGACUCGAGCCACAUUACAAUCGAUCAGUACAGUACUCUGACCCUGGGAAGAAUCCUAGUUGAGGAGCAACCAUGUAUCAUACCUGACGGUGUUGAGUACAUACGAAAUGUCGACUGGCUAUUGAAUAAUCGCGUCAAGAAGUUAGGACAAUGCAUGAUAAGGAUUCCGUCAGAUGAAGACGAUUGUACAGCUCACGGAGUUUUGUUGAUGCCGACUGGAAACAUCAUUGUAAGUGAUUAUCAAAACGAUAAACUGAAAUUGUUUUCUGUUAAAGGACAGUUUUUGGACGAAUUGGAAAUCAGUGGAUACCCACAUGAUGUUUGCUCAGUGGAUGAUGACACAGUGGCAGUUGCUGUAACUAAUAGUCAUGUCGGCAUACAUGUCGUGAAAGUACAGCCGUCCAAGCUGACCUUAUCGACAGUGAUAGAGGUGCCAGAGGACAUAAAAUGUCAAGGUUUGGCGUUCAUGGAUGGACAUUUCAUGGUGAGCACAUCGACAGACAUCCAUAGCGUGACAAUGGACGGUAAGGUAGAGAAAGUUCAGACAUUGUCCUCACCGUGCUGGAAUCUUGCAUCUGAUCUUAAAAAGAAUAAAACAUUUGCCUGUCUGCAAACCUCUACAAUGGAUGAUAUCGUGGUUACCAGACUGCCCAAUGGUAUCCAAAUAUAUGGUUUAGAUGAGAGGGUAGUCGAGAAUGCGAUGGGGGUAGACGUAGACAGUGAGGGAAAUGUGUAUGUCUGUGGUCAAGAUUCCAACAAAGUGCUACAGGUCUCCGCUUAUGGUACCAAAGUCAAAGAACUUCUGACGUCAAAGGAUGGUAUUGACGAACCCAGGGCUAUAUCGGUGUGUGGGAACAAAUUCGUAGUCACAAACAAUUCAUCACAAGAUCGGAAUGAAAUACAUAUAUAUCAGCUCUACUGACUCCGCAUCAUCACUUCCGUUUAGGAAGAAGAUCUCGCGAACGAUAAUUUUCUGCUGAUUGUAUGGAAGUUCGUAUAUGAAAUUUGAAAGAUAUACAACACUUCGAUUGCCUUUAAAGUUUCUGAAUUUCCAUUUAAGUCACCUUAAUUGAAGGUUUCGGCAAAUGUUGGCUCAAGUACCGAGUUGCCUUUGAGCCGGCAUUGAAUUAAAACACAGUCAAAUGUCACACUUUCUUCGUGUUGAACAUAAAGCUAGCGGUUUUACAUAUGUAAAGAUGUAAACAUUUAAUGCAAGAUAAAGCCUUCGACCCUUCAUUUGUUAGACUAGUCGUAUACCACAAAAAAA